CAAGAACUAAAUACAGUAUGGCGACAGUUGAGGAACUCACAGGGAUCGUUAAAGGACUAGCUGACGUGGUAAAGUCCCAGCUAACAAACCAACAUGAUGCCCAAGAAGCAAAUCGACAACACAUCGAAGCACUCGCGAAAACUGUCGCAGAUUUAGCCACAAAUUCCCCAAGUUCAAGCCAUGUUGACACUUUGAAGUUGCCUCAAGUGGUUUUACCUCGCUAUACAGGUAAGCCUGACGAACAACUUGACCGUUUUCUUGACCAGCUUACGACGCUAUUAAAAUCUUCUGGAGUUCCAGCUAAACAUUGGACAACCUAUCUUAAGCAACAGGUGCAGCAAGAUUUACGUGCUUAUGAUUCUGUUGUGUUUGCUGAAGAAGAAUGUAAACAUGCUCUUGGAGAGGACCCUGCCAAUAUUACUAUCGAACAGUAUGAAACGUACUUUAACCUUGUCAAAGCCUCGUUAGUUAAGAAACGUGGAAAACCUAAAGAUGAACGUAUACGUGAAUUACUUCAAGUCUACUACAACCUCCAACAAAGUAAAGCAGAACCUGUUUCAACUUUUGCACAUCGAUUCUGUGACAUUCAACACGAACUCGAGAAAUGUAUUCCUGGAAUACACUAUACAGGCACGAAUGAUGAUAUCGAACUGAGACAUGCAUUUUUGAUAAAACUUCGACCGGAAAUUGGAAAAGCUCUGAUGAGCCGAGACGCCAAGUAUUCUUCUCUAUCGGAAGUUAUUGAAGCUGCUAACAGAUUUGAACAAAGUUUUCCCCCAUUACCUCUCCUUUCAGCAGAAUAUGUUGACCCAUUUCGUGAAGACAAAGCUAUGUUAAAACCCAAAUCCUGUUACAACUGUAAUCAACCUGGUCAUUUCAAAAGAAACUGUCCUGCUUUGUACAAUCCUGGGACAAACCAAGAACGAAAACAAACAUUUCGUGGAAAUACUACCAGUCAAACCGAAGUGUGCCUCCAGUGGAAUCAACGAGCUGUUCCUCGCUGCUUACUUCCUGAUAAUCAAUGCAAGUUUCAUCGACAACAUGUGUGUCUGGUUUGCAAAAAGAAGGGAUGUAAACAACUGUUGCACAAAGAAGAUAAGUUGCCUACACAAAGUCAACUGGAAGAAAAGCUAUCAAGUAAGUUUCAGGCACAAUUUGAUAGUCUUUGCUCUAAAUUGGAAACUGUACUUCCAAAUCCAAAACCCCCUACCCCACCCACCACCCCUGCUGACAAUAACCCACCAGCCAGUGAUUAUCCCCUAUUUGGCAUGCCAUCCGUUGCAGCUGAUUCUGUUGAAAUUCCUGACUUGAGCAAGAAGUAUAUAAUGUGGGCGAAAGUAAAAUCAGCCGGUGUUGAACUUUCGCUGCCUCUUGAUAGUUGUUGCUCAGUGUCGCUUUGUAGUUUGAUCCAUGCUGAACGUGUCCAACAAAUGCAUCCAGACUUGAAAAUGACUAAGCUUACCAAGCCAGUUGCAAUUAAUGUUGCUAAUGAAGAUGCUGUUUUACAAGGGAUUGCCCUACAAGAUAUUCCUAUUACCUGGGGCCCUGGGAAAUCUUCAGUACAUACCAUGUUGGUUGUACCCAAGUUAGCUUGGCAUGUUUUGUUUGGUAACAAUCAUUUGGAAGCCACAGAUGCAAUUGUUAAACACCAAGAACGAAUUGUAAGUUUUACACAUCCCCAAAUGAAAUUUGCUAUAAAGUGCCCACGGGAACCUCCUGUCCGUCCUUCUGGAAGAGUCGAAACCAAUGUCGUAUCCUUGAGUACAGUAGUAGAAACCCCUCAAAAACUAUCACCUGGGAUUAACAUUAUCAAAGUCUGUGUAAUUGUUGCUACUAUUGGCAGUAUGAUCCUUUCACCUGCCUUGUCUAGUAUGAUAGCCGACACAAUACAGUCAUUGGGUAAUCGAAGUUGGAUUGAAGCUAGCCCUCUUUUUACCACCACAUAUGCACAUGUUAUUCCUGGUCCGAUUAACCUUGAUCAAAUACAGCAUGAGACUAAUGCAUUUAAGACCACUUUUGUCAAUGUUAAAUGCAGUAGCAGCAAGUUUCUUGAAGAACCCAACAAUGUAGAAAUUGAACCAGAGCAGAAGUUUUAUGUCAACCUUGCUGUAUAUAACCAAAGCAAGCAUACCGAGACUUUACCUGUUGGUGUGAUUGCCGACAUCACACCAAUGACUGAUGAACACAAAGCUGACUUCUCACAAGCAGCAUCCGAAACAGCCUCAGAUAUGGCUUGUGAAGCUGUUGAACAACUUGAGCAAGUACAAUUACAUCAAAACCUUUACCGUAAAGCUCAACACAAGCAAGCAAAAGUUUGUCAUGAUACUUUACCCCAUCCAUUUCAAUGUUUUAACCCACUCCAUGCCCAGAAAGAGAUGAAUAUUGCAUUUCGUAAAAACAAAGAACCAAGUUUUAGUCAAUUAACUAACCUUUACUGUGCAAAUCAUUUGAUAUUGAGUGAUGAGAGCCGUGAUUUACCUCCUUUAAGUGACACCACGUUAGAUCCAUUCUCUGAAGAUUACAAAGAUAUGGUUGUUGAAGCCAUCCAUUUGCAUGACAAUUGCAAUCUCACCACUACACAAAAAACUGAACUUGAGUCUCUUAUUCGCGAACACGCCCAUGUUUUUAUGUUACCAGGAGCUCCAUUUCGCGGAGUUAACCAUGUCGAACACAGUAUUGAGACUGGUGAUGCUAAACCCCAAUACUCAACGCCAUAUUCCCACUCUCCUGUUCAAUUACAGCUUAUCAAACGAGAAAUUCAAAAAAUGGUUGAACAAAACAUUUUAGAACCAUCAACAUCUCCCUGGGGUGCCCCUUGUUUAUUGGUUAAAAAGAAAACGGAACAUGGUCUACAAGUGACCCCUUGUCUUGUGGACAAAUUGAUCAAAGUUGAACCCUGGUCUGUCAACGAAUCUAACCCCGAACAAACCAAUCCAAACGAAGAAGAGGACACCCCGCCCGAAACCUCACAAUCCCAUCGCAACCCGCAGUUUGAAAAUGGUUCGUUUAUUGUCUACGAAAAGCUUGGAGACUUUUUUGAUGACGACAUAAGAAUCAUGAUCGAAGAACUGCAUGCUUGGUUAAAAUCACAAAAAGACUAUAAGUCAUCAACCGGAGAAGCGUGCAAAUACCUUUACACAAAAAAUCCCGAGUUCAAAAAGAUUCUUCAAAGCAUUGGUGGAAUUCGUCAGUUGCUGAUUCAUACACCGUCGAUACAGUUUGAAAUGCCUGACGCAACCGGUGGAAAAAACUCUCUGAAACUGUUGGAUGCCAGUCAACCAGUGAAAUACCAUUUAGACCGUCUAGGAGGACGCUAUGGUAUAGGAAGAAUCGUCAGCUACUACGAAGACGAAGACGUGUACGAUAUACAACUUUGGGAUAGAAAAUCGAAGAAGACAAAGUGGAACAAAGCCCUGAGACAAGUUAAAGUAGAAGAUGAACCUGCUACUGAACUUGUACAGUCAAAUAGAGUGUUAUGUUCUAUUGAGUUAGACGAUAAGUAUAAGAUUGGACAGAACGCUCAAAAGCAACUUGAAGAUUUACAAUUACUUUGUGCUUGUUAUAAGAACAAGUGUCUUCCUUGUUAG